GGACAAAAGUACUACUUUGUACCACCAACUACUUUGUAUCAAUCUGCUGUGUAUAUCUCCGUGCUGCUACCUCUUAACACAUCCUACUUUUAG